AUGGAGGGGGUUGUUGGUGGCCUGCCUACCCUCCUGGUCGCCCUUCUGGUUGCCGUAGCUUUGUGGUAUUGGCUUGGGCGAGCAUCGAGCUACGAGCCAGAGAAACCCGAUGUGGAAGUAUAUAUCAUUAUAUCUCUACAGCAAGCCACCGACAAGCUAGCGUCCAUCUCAUUAUCGGAUAAUGGUCUCAAUCUUACAUGGAACUUUAUUAUUACUUGUGUGCGUGAAUUUCCUGAACAUCAAGACAAGCUUGUCGAUGUACUAGUCUCCCUUUCAAAACUACCAGAUGCUACAACGGACCAAGGCGAGCCUCUUAAAAAGCAUGGAAUGCAAGUUUGGGAAGACUUGCCAAUGCUUGACUGGGACUUCCGCGAAGAGUGGGAUGUACGAUCUAUACCUUCUGGCCCUCCUGGCCGCCGACAAAAGGCAAUCUUGGACUUCAUCAACCUGAAUAAAUUUACUGCACUCCUUAUGGCGACAGAGGAACUCGUAUUCGAUUUCUCCUGGUUUGCGCUUAUAACUUUUCGCACUGCGCUCGAAACGCCGCCAAACCAAUUACCAGUAACGGACCCUCUGGACGCAUAUGUUCCUGCUGCGGUCGCCUGGAUUGAGACCCUAGGUGUAGGAAUAUAUGUAUGGGAUGAAGAACACGAGCAUAGACCUUUGUCCGGCGUUUCUGGGAAGGGAGGUCCGCUAUGGAAAGGGAAGCACGGUUUUUGCAAGGAGAGGUUUGGGGAGGUGGCUAGCAUGGACGACGAGCUUGGAGAGGAGGCGAUGACAGCAGCGAGAUAGGCUGAGCUAAUGAUGAGGGAUGUUGAGAAUGGGGAUGUGGAGGAGUAGAGAAAGAAGAUGGGCAAGGCAAUGCCAAGCUUAGCCAUCAUCUAAGUAAUAAAAUGCGUUAAAUUUACGCAGAAUAAAUACAUAAUAUUUUACUUCAGAACGACUAUCUGAGUUCUCCGAGGUCAUCUGAUUGUACUGGCC